GACUUCCGUGACCACUGAAAUCCAGUGACCACUCAACUUAGCCUUAAAAAUAUACCUCUUUUAUUGCAAGGGGUAUUAGUGUUAAAAAAAUCACUUCCUUUGUGUUGGCAAACGGAGCCCAUGCGCUAAACGGGUGAAGGGAAGAUCAAUUUUGAAGAGCAGAAAAUUUUGGAAAAAAAUGGCGGGUGAAGGGUUAGCGACGGAGCAGCCGCCGUCAUCGAACGAAUUCAGCUCCGUCUACGGCCGGUGGGAUGUUCAGUAUGCUCGCUUCGUGGUGUUUCCUUCGUCUCCUCACGCGCCUCAUCCUUCUCUGGUACCUCACUCGGCCAAGACGCGGAAGGCGCGGAGAGGCGGCAAAUGGAUCUCCACCUCACCCUACACCUCCGCCUUCGCCUCUCUCAAACUACUGGCCGUUCGCGACGGCGAUCUUAUUGAUCUGAUCCUCGUUGUCUCUAUCGGCUCCAAAACCCUCGAAGAGCACUACAUUUCGCGGCUGCAAUACGCUUGGCCUCAGGUCUCGUGCAUAUCUGGAUUCCCUUCUAGAGGAACAAGAUCAGUCUUCUUUAGCUAUAAGGAUGGUGCAGGCCAGAUUCAGAAAUUUGGCUUACGGUUUUUGACGGUCUAUGAAAUAGAAAAGUUUAUGACUGACUUGAAGGAAAGCUUGGAUGAUGUUAAGUCUAUUCCACUUCUAUUAUGUCCUCCAGUUGCUUCUGGAAUCUCAUCUCAGUCUGAGUUCAUCCCUACUGAUGAAGCAUCACACAGGAUUAUCAAAGAACGAACGCCUUCAACUUCAGAAGGUACUUAUGAGAUACAGGCGAGCAAGAGCUAUGGAGUUUCUCAAGAUUCAAAUCCACCACAGGAUAUGAGACUGCAGCGCGAAGUUGAAGAAGUUCUUUCAUCUUUUCCACCCAGCUUCACUUCGUUCCUGAAGAGCUGUGGCCCUGCCAUUGAUGAACAAGCACAACAAACUGCAUCACAAGACUUGGAUCUAAAAGCCCAAAUCACGAAAUAUAUGGAAGAUUCCUCCUUUCAAGAUAUGCUCCUUAAGGUAGAGAAAGUCAUCAAUGAAGUUGGGGACUUCAGCAUAUUGCUAUAAGCAUGGAGAAAGAUGCUGCCACAUUACCCUUUUUUCCUGAAUUUUCUUGGGACUAUUUUGCCCCAGAAGCUGUAUAAAUCCAUUAUGUGCAACAAAAGAUUGAUCAAAAUGGUCAGACGAGCUUUUAUCACAUUUCAUCAGCUUAUGGUUCAAUAUUAUCCAUGAUUUCUCAACUAAUUAUGUAUUCAUCUCGUGCAUUUUGUUAACUUA